AGAAUAACAUUUGUGAUUUAUAUUAGUUAUUAAUAAAUGAUAUUAGAUUUUCACUAGUAUUGUGUUGUGUCCAAAUAUAUAAAAUUGGUAGAGAAACAGCAAGAAGUGCACGUGAACCUUUGUAUAUACAAACUUCGAGGACCUUAGUGUCAUUGCAAACCACCCAUUGUUUCUCUGUCAGUAGUUGAGUCCAAAAUCUUUCAUUUAAAACUUAGCAAACAACAGAGAGAGGAGAAGAAGAAAACCAAAUAAUGAGUUUAACAACUAGAAGAGAGUAGAAGAAUCAAAGAGAGAAAAAAAUAAGGCUAAAACAAAAAAACAACCUAUGCAACAAAUGAAAAUGCAAGGCUGUGAAGUUGAAGCCAUUGGCAUAAACUACAAAAUCCACACAAACAAAACAGAACACCCCUUUAAAAUCUUCAGCAAAUCUCCACAACUAGAUAAUGCCAAUGGUCAAGAAAUAGAAGAGGAAGAAGCUAGAGUUGAAAAAAGUUGCAGUGGAGUUAGGCAUGUGCUCAAGAAUGUGAGUUUUCAGGCAAGACCAUGGGAAAUCCUAGCAAUUGUUGGACCAAGUGGAGCUGGAAAGUCAUCACUACUUGAGAUCUUAGCAGGUAAACACAGUCCACAAAGAGGGUCAGUGUUGUUGAACCAAAAGCCUGUUGACAAAUCUCAGUUCAGAAAGCUAUCAGGUUAUGUUACUCAAAAGGACACUUUGUUUCCCUUACUUACAGUUGAAGAAACCAUGAUGUUCAGUGCAAAACUAAGGCUAAAGCUUCCUCAACAACAACUAUGUUCAAGGGUCAAGUCAUUGAUUCAAGAGCUUGGACUUGAUCAUGUUGCGAGGACUCGAAUUGGUGACGAUCGAGUCCGAGGUAUAUCAGGUGGUGAAAGGCGCAGAGUUUCUAUUGGUGUUGAAGUCAUACAUGAUCCAAAAGUUUUGAUUCUUGAUGAACCAACUUCAGGGCUUGAUAGUACUUCAGCUUUGCAAAUAAUUGAUAUGCUUAAGGUUAUGGCUGAAACUAGGGGAAGAACUAUAAUACUAAGUAUUCAUCAACCUGGUUUCAGAAUAGUGAAGCUGUUCAAUUCAUUGUUGUUGUUGGCUAAUGGUUCUGUGUUACAUCAUGGAACUGCUGAAUUACUGAGUUUGAAUUUGAGAUUGAUGGGUCUAGAGCUUCCACUGCAUGUUAAUUUAGUUGAAUUUGCUAUUGAUUCCAUUGAUAUCAUUCAACAACAACAGCAGCAACAAUGUCAGGUGGAAACCGAACCACCAAGACGAUUGUUAGGAACAAUGCAACAGAAGAAAGGUGGUGAUGAUGAACAACAACAAUCAGGUGAGAGUAAAAGUGGUAAGUUCACUUUGCAACAGCUAUUUCAACAAUCUAAAGUAAUUGAUGAAGAUAUCAUCAAUAGUACUGGAAUGGAUUUCUCUUAUGAUUUUGCAAAUUCUAGAUUGAGUGAAACUAUGAUUCUAACUCAUAGAUUCUCCAAAAACAUAUUUCGUACAAAAGAGUUAUUUGCAUGUAGGACAAUUCAGAUGCUGAUUUCAGGACUAGUUUUAGGAUCAAUCUUUUGUAACCUCAAAGAUGAUAUAAGAGGAACACAAGAAAGGAUUGGUCUAUUUGCUUUCAUAUUAACUUUUCUGUUAUCAAGCAGCAUAGAAGCUCUACCAAUUUUUCUACAAGAAAGAGAGAUUCUAAUGAAGGAAACAUCUUGUGGGAGCUACCGUGUAUCGUCUUAUACUAUUGCAAAUGGCUUAGUUUACUUGCCAUUUCUUCUAAUCCUAGCCAUUUUGUUCACAGUUCCAUUAUACUGGCUAGUUGGACUCAACAGAAACUUCACUGCUUUUUUGCACUUUCUGUUACUGAUAUGGCUUGUUCUUUACACAGCCAAUUCAAUUGUGGUGUGUUUCAGUGCUCUUGCGCCUAAUUUCAUUGUUGGGAAUUCAAUGAUUAAUGGUGUUAUAGGUUCUUUCUUCUUGUUCUCUGGUUACUUCAUAUCAAACCAUGAGAUUCCUAGUUACUGGAUUUUCAUGCAUUAUAUAUCACUUUUUAAGUAUCCCUUUGAAGGGUUUCUGAUCAAUGAGUUCUCCAACUCAAAAAAGUGUUUGGAGUACAUGUUUGGUGCAUGUGUGAUGAAGGGAGAGGAUGUGCUUAAAGAAGCAGGGUUUGGAGGAGAAAGAAGUAGAUGGAAGAAUGUUGGUGUCACUGUUUGCUUCAUCAUGUUUUACAGAUUCAUUUCUUAUGUUAUUCUAAGAUACAAAUGUUCACAGAGAGGUGUUAACAGUGGUAAUUCUGUCAUUUGAUAAAGUCUAUGGUGAGUUUGUGAAUUAUUGUUA